GGCUAACCAUCUCCUCCAUAUAUUAAGAGGCGGCCCUGCUGCUUCUCCUCGGCCGUGUCUCUGAUACUUCUCGCUCUCAUCACUCACAACAACACUCAGUUCCAACAAUCAAACCUCGGUCACAAACUCGGGCUCUGCUCCAACCACCACCAGUCGACUUACACACACACACCCACACACACACAACUGGCACAACCACCACCACCCGCCACAAUGCCUACCAUUGUCAUCCUCGGAGGCGCCUACGUCGGCGUCCGCGUUGCCCACAGCCUCCUCAAGACCACUGCAAAGACUGUCAAGGACCUCAAGAUCAUCCUCGUCUCAAAGAACUCCCACUUCUACUGGAACAUGGCCUCGGUCCGCCUCGUGAUCCCCGGUCAGCUCAAGGAGGAGCAGUACGCCGUCCCCAUCGCAAAGGGCUUCGAGCAGUACCCCGCAGAGUCCUUCCAGCUCAUCGUCGGCUCCGCUGAGGGCCUCGACACCGACGCAAAGACCGUCUCCGUCAAGGUCGGCGACGCCGAGCAGUCCAUCUCGUACGACCACCUCGUGCUCGCCACGGGCAGCCGCUACGUCGAUAGCAACGUCCCCUGGAAGGCCAACGGCACCUACGAGGAGCUCGCCGCCACGAUCAAGAACGUCCAGGAGCGCAUCGCCGAGGCCAAGGAGAUUGUCGUCGCCGGCGCCGGCGCCACCGGCAUCGAGCUGGCCGGCGAGAUCGCCUUCGAGUACGGCAAGGAGAAGAAGGUCACCCUGCUGAGCGGCGACAGCCAGAUCUUCGGCGGCGACUCGGUGGCCUCCAGCGCCGCCAACGAGCUCAAGAAGCUCGGCGUGGUCAUCAAGACGUCCGCCCGCGUCGCCAACACCACCACCCUCGCCGACUCUGGCAAGACCGAGAUCGCCCUCGAGAACGGCGAGAAGCUCACUGCCGACCUGUUCCUCUCCGCCAUGGGCGUGGUGCCUAAUUCCGAGUACAUCCCCGCCAAGCUGCUCAACGCCAAGAAGUUUGUCGAGGUCGACGAGACCUACCGCGUCACCGGCGCCGCCGACGUCUGGGCCGCCGGCGACGUCGUCGCCAAGCCCAAGGCCACCUUUGUCAACGGCGACUUGCAGGCCACCGGCCUCGCCAAGAACAUCGACCUCGUCCUCAAGGGCAAGACCCCCGCGGCCAUCUCGCUCAUGCCGUUCGACGUUGCCGCCGCGUCCGUGGGCCGCAACCGCGGUGUCGGCCGCAUGGGCGUGGUCAAGCUCUUCUCCUUCAUGGUCUACCAGAUGAAGGGCAAGACGCUUGGUAUCCAGAAGAUGCCCGGCUACCACAACGGCAGCUCCUUUUAGAUGCAUGCUGCAUCUGCGGAAUGAGAAAAUGGGUUUUUUUUUUCUUUCAGCGAGCGAAUGAGACAGGGGCGCCGUGGGGAGCUACAAUGUCUAAUCGAGAGAGGUCUCCCCCAAGAACGAGGCCAUCUCUACGGCGGUGGUGGAUGGACGUGCGGCAAUCAGCAUAUAAUACUUUCUUUUAGACUUCUUCUAGUUGUUGUUACGAUACCCUGCUUGGUAGGCAUUUAUAGAAACCUCUUUUUUUUGUCCAUUCUUGC